AUGGAGAGAAUGCAGCGUUUUGGACCAGAGUUUGUCGAUGUUACUUGGGGUGCAGGUGGUACCUCGGCCGAUUUGACUAUGGACAUCGUUGCGACUUCACAAUCUGUAUAUGGAUUAGAAACUAUGAUGCACUUGACGUGUACAAAUAUGCCUGUUGAGAAAAUUGACACUGCUUUAAAGAACGCUAAAGCUUGUGGCUGUCAAAAUAUUUUGGCUUUACGUGGAGAUCCUCCCAAGGGUCAACUUAACUGGGAGUCGUGUGAAAAUGGGUUUAAUUAUGCUAUCGACUUGGUUCGUUAUAUCAAGGAAAAGUAUGGGGAUUAUUUCUGUAUUGCUGUUGCUGGCCAUCCUGAGGGACAUAUUGAUAACCAGAAUAAGGAAGACGAUCUUCUGAGAUUGAAAGAAAAAGUAGAUGCUGGUGCAGACUUGAUUGUCACCCAAUUGUUUUUUGACGUUGAUGUUUUUAUUCAGUUUGUGAAACGUUGUCGUGAUAUUGGUAUCACAUGUCCAAUCUUGCCUGGUAUUUUCCCCAUUCAAAGUUAUGCAGGCUUAAGCCGUGUUAUUUCAUUUAAUAACAACCAUGUUCCUCAACACAUAUGGGACGACUUGGAGCCUAUCAAAGAAGAUGAUCAGGCCGUAAAAGAUUAUGGUAUCGAUUUAGCUGUCAAAUAUAUCCAAAAAAUCAAAGAAGAAACUGGUAUUAUUGGAUUUCACAUCUACACAUUUAACCUUGAAAGAUCGUCUCGUUUAAUUCUGGAAAAGUUGGGUUUGGUUCCAGAACAAGAACAUGUCAAGCCAUUACCUUGGAACCAAUCACUGGGUCCCAAACGUACGAAGGAGACUGUUCGUCCUAUUUUUUGGAAAAAUCGCGCACAAAGUUAUAUUCAAAGAACCGAAUCAUGGGAUGAAUUUCCUAACGGUCGUUGGGGAGAUGCGCGCUCACCUGCAUUUGGUGAGUUUGAUAGAUGGGGUGUUUCGAUCAAAUAUCCCAUCGAGAAACGUAAAAGUAUGUGGGGUGAACCUCAAUCACCAGAUGAUAUUGCACUUUUGUUUGCAAGGUAUUGUAAGGGUAAAUUAGAAGGUCUUCCCUGGAGUGCACAGAAAUUAGAACCAGAGACAGACACCAUCAAGCAACGCUUGGCUGCAAUCAAUUUACUUGGUUAUUUAACCAUUAAUUCACAACCUGCAGUCAAUGGUGCAAAGAGUUCUGAUCAUGUCUACGGUUGGGGCCCAAAGAACGGAUAUGUAUACCAAAAGGCCUACCUCGAGUUCUUUAUUCCUCAACAAAAGUUGGAUGAAUUAAUAUCAAAGAUUGGUAAUGACCCCGAAGUAACUUAUUUCGCUGUCAACAAGGAUGGUGAUUUAAAAACAAAUACGAUUGAUGAUGAACCCAAUGCUGUUACUUGGGGUGUCUUCCCUGGUAAGGAAAUUGUGCAACCCACUAUUGUAGAACCUAUUGCAUUUAUGGCAUGGAAAGAUGAAGCUUUUGGCUUAUGGAACGAAUGGGCUCGUAUGUACGAUCGUCAGAGUUUAGCUGCCGAAGUGAUUGUGGGUAUUUACAACAACUGGUACUUGGUUAAUAUCGUUCACAACGACUUCCAAGAUGAAAGUGGCAUUUGGCGUUUAUUCGAUUUAGAGAUUGAUGGUGAUCUUUCCAAGAAAUUACGACGUGCAUCUGGCACCUUAUAA